AUUGUGUGUGCUCCAUGAGGUUUUGAUGGUGGUGGAGUGCAGAAAGGAAGGUUUAAGUGAGGUCAUCAUGCAUACUGCUGGUGCUGCUGGGACUCUGACUGAGCAGAUGGAAUUGUGGGAAAAGAUGAAAUGAGAGACAUGCACUUCAUCAACUGCAGAGUGUGUGCGUGCUUGCGUGUGUCUUGAUCUCUCCUCCCCCCCCCCCCCCCCCCCCUCUCUCUCUCUUUCUCUCUCUGCUCUCCAUUCUCCGCGGUCCUCUGGGCGUCCACUCAGCGGGGCUCCGGAGCAGCCGGCCGCCUUAUCUCAUCAUCUGCAGAUCCCCACUCCGGUGCCGCCGACAUGCUGUCAAUUGCCUGCCCUCCCUUCUCGCAUGGACUCGCAUCUGUCUAGCUUAUUUGUUCACCGGAUCUUUUGUCUGCAGACGGCGGGCGGGCUGAUGAUGUUCCGCCGCGGUGCCAGAUGCGCUGGCUGACUGAAGCUCAUAGUGGGGUGCUGAAAUGCCUCCAGCUCAGAGUGUCAGCUACCGGAAGCUGAAGGGUGAGAGAUUAAAAUGCUGAGAGACCACCGCUGAUUUUCUAUGGCGCUUAAACAUAUGUGAAUGAACCACCAUGGAAGAGGAAGAAGACAAUACUCUUGUAGCUGUCCAUUAUGCAGCUGUUUCUAUGGAUACUUGAGCAGAGUUGAUGAGUGUCCCGCAGAUGUUGGCAUAAGUCAUAAGGCAAGUCAUCAAUCAUGGCCAGACAAGACUUCCUCCACGGCUUCGACAUCAGCGCCCAUUUUGUUGACAUCAGGAUCCUCGGCGCCGGCGGUACAGGUCCGGUCCUGUCGGCCGUGGACCAGCACACCGGACGUCGUGUGGCCAUCAAGAAGUUGGCCAUGCGUGAUGCUGUCUCAGUGAAGCACGCGCUAAGAGAGGUGAAGAUUACCCACCGGCUGCGUCAUGAGAAUGUGGUCCGGGUAUACGAAGUCCUGGCGCCACACGGACAACCGCCUGCCAGAGACCCUGCCCAGCUCGGCGCCCUGUAUGUCAUCCAGGAGUGCAUGGAAACAGAUUUGGCUCGGGUGCUGGAGCAAGGAGCACUAUCGACAGGUCACGCCACAUUGCUGUUCUACCAGCUGCUGAGGGGCCUCAAGUUCAUCCACUCGUCCAAUGUGCUGCACAGAGACCUGAAGCCUGCCAACAUCUUCAUCAACACUGACCAACUGCUGCUCAAGAUCGGAGACUUCGGCCUGGCCCGGAUAGUCGACCCCCACUAUUCUCAUAAGGGCUAUCUGUCCGAGGGUCUGGUCACCAAGUGGUAUUGUUCCCCACGUCUGCUGCUGUCCCCUAAUAACUACACCAAGGCGAUUGACAUGUGGGCCGCAGGCUGCAUCCUGGCUGAGAUGCUCACUGGACGCAUGCUCUUUGCAGGAGCUCACGAGCUGGAACAGAUGCAGCUGAUUCUCGACACUGUGCCAGUAAUGAGAGACGAGGACAGACAGGACCUGUUACAGGUGAUGCCUUCGUGUAUUAAUCAUGGCUGGAAAGUCAAGAAGCCGUUUUCUGUGCUGUUGCCUGAAGUGAAUGCAGAAGCUGUGGACUUCCUGGAGCAAAUCCUGACCUUCAACCCCAUUGACCGUCUUACGGCCGAGGCGGCGCUGUCCCACCCCUUCCUGUGCCAGUACACUUGCCCUGAGGACGAGCCCACCUCGUCGCACCCCUUCCGCAUUGAGGAUGAACUGGAAGACAAUCUCGUCAUGGGACACAGUCUCAGCAACAGUCUGAGCCGGGCCUCCAGCAUCCACUGGGACAGCUUAUCAACAGAUGUGUGCUGGCCACAGUUAGGCGGGAUCUGUGGAUGCAUGCCUUCCGGUCACAUGACCUCAGAUAUUGAGAGCACGACAGAAGAAGAGGAAGUGCAGAGGGACCCGCGAGCCAGCUGCACCUCACUUCUAGAGGAGGCCCAGGUGGACCCACGUAAAUAUUCGCACAGCAGCUCCGCCGAACGCUACCUGGAGCACUCCCACUCCUCUCUGGACCGGGUUUGCGGUUUCAGCGAUCUGGAUUGCGGCCGCUCGUGCGACUACAAGGUGGGCUCGCCGUCCUAUCUGGGCCGGAUCGCGUGGCGGGAUGGCAAACCUCUGCACUACUCGGAACCCCGCCUCAUUCUGGAUUUAUCUCACUGGAAGCUCAACACAAGCACCCCACCAGAGCCCCUUCAUCCGCUCGGUGGAAGCGUGGAGGACGUGAGAGAGAUAAAAGUGGAAGACCAGGUUGCAGGAACUGGGACGGGGGAUUUAUUUCAAGAGAUCUCCCGCUGGGUGGAGAGCACCCAAUCCCGUCCGAGUCCAUCUCUGGAGCGGGACUCCUGCUACCCCUCUUCCCCACCUCUCCCGCCGUCCCCCACAGAGAUCCCGGACGUGGAGCCUCAUCACGUCACCAAUGAGGACAGCCCCUUUCCGCCCGUCACCCCUCCAUCUCUUUGCUCCCUCCAUCCCUCCACUCCCACCUCUCCUAUUCUUCCUCCUGAAACUCUCUCCACUACCACCACCUCCAAAUGCUCAGACGUCCAACCCGACGAAUCCCUUCCCGUCAAACAGAAAGAACGCUUCUUCGACUUGGACGUGUUCAUCGCCCGAGCGUUGAAGCUGUGCCGACAAACUAAGGAGAAAGUUGACGGGAAAGGGCGGCGGGAGGAGAGCAAACAAGUGAGCAUCAACUGAAGGUUUUUGUCUUCUUUGAACUUUCUUUCCGAGUACUGCAGUGUUCCCCCUCGUGGUUCAUCGUUUAUUCCACGUGAACUUUUUAGCUGUCGUAUGCUCUUUAUAGAUUUGUUGAAUCGCAUCUUAUGUGCAUUUGCAGUGCAAUGCUUCACCUUUUUAGUCUCAUGGAACUAUUUUGCAAUACACAGCACAAAACAACAAACUUUAACAGAACUCCUGAUGGAAACAACACAUUUGAACAACACAAACCCUUCAUUAUAUUAUUGGAAAUGCUAAUUUUAUGCAUCUCACGCUCAUAAGAAAAGACAUUCUAACAAGGUUCGUGCUGACGUGUGCCUAACCCUGAAAUGAGUUGCAUAUGCUUUAUCUUUUUCUCCAAGGGUGCAAUAAAGAUUGUUAUUAUUUACUAUAACUUCGGUCCACAAAACACAUGCAUUCAGUGUAAAAAUUGAUAAAGAGAAAACACAAGUUUUAUUUACAGUAGACAUACAACUCACAAGCACAGUUGGUAUUGUUGGAUUUUUAUUUUCUGUUAAAUAUUCAGUAAGGUGCUGCAAAGUCAACUAAUCUCACUGACUAUUCCGGUCCAAUGAGCACAUUUUGUUUUUUUUCCUGUAUACUUUCCACAAAACCAGCAAUAACGUCUCACGCACACAAAUUGAACACAUGGUUACUGAGCUCCUUUUCUAUUAAAUGAAGAAAUGCAGCAAUCGUACGUGCCUCUGUACAGCUCAAUGCUUCCCAGCUUGCUGAAUGUAAACACAGACCCCAAAUCGCAAUCUGCAUGCCUUGAGAGUAAUGCAAAUAUGUUUAACUUCACGUGUCCUUCCUGCAGGCUUUUUCUACUCUUUCAUUUUGGUAAAUAGGUUUGAAUGCUAAGUGCUGAUUGUUUUUGCAACUUUUUGUUGGGAAAAUAAUAAAAAUAAUACAAAACAGUU